AUGGUGCCAGUGACAUCUGGCAAGUCGGCGGAAGAGAUACAAGCGGAAUAUAAUUCGCGUCGCGUACAUCAAGUAAAUUUUGAUUCGAUAUCUCGAUAUUUCUGGAAACUCACUGAGAGUUAUCUUAUAAGAACUUACGAUACUCAUGUAUAA